CCUUCGAAACAUCUCAUUUUAACGACAAAAAUUGUUAUGUUGUCCGCAACUUCAUGAAUGUGUAUUGUAUCAAGAACAAUUAACUGAGUUAUUUGUUUAUUGAUCUGAAUGUUAACGAUACCAUAUUUAACACGCUCCGAUGUUAUUAUAUAAUACUUUACGAAGACGCUCUAUCAUUGAUUGGAUACAAACGAGCAACGUUGAAAACAUGAUAACGAUUUGAUGAAUAAGAAAGUCCUACUAGACUGUUAAAGAGCUCGCCUAAAUAGCCAGUAAUUUAGCUGGAAGUGAGGUUAAUAAAGUGCUAGAAGGAGAUGAUUGCUUAGCUCGUACGUCCUAGGUAGGUAUAUCUUAUGGCUCACUGCCAGUUUACUAGAUCUUUACCCCAGACAAGGUCCGCAAAGGGGCGUAAUAACCUGCAGUUUUUGGGCCAAGUUUCCUUUAUCGCGUUUUGGCUCUUCCUCUCUUAUCCCUGAUUAUUAGGAUAUGACUGAUGGAUAUGUUCAAGAUUAUUGGGUAUGACGAGUUGGUCAAACCUCCCAGCCGAACUCCGGUUGGCAAUCCUGCAAAUAGUAGCAGACACUUCAAUGGGUCAUAUUGCUACAUAUGCCUCUGUGUGUUCAGAAUGGCAAGAAGUUUUCGAAGCGAAAAGCUUUGAGCGAAUUGUAUUGUCCCAACGGCGAGUCCUGGAAUUCGCGCAGAUUGUUCAGGGGCCGAGAAGGAGGUUGGUCAAGCAUAUCUGGCUCCGGAUCGAACUCAGCGAUGACGACCAUUCGAGUUAUAAGACCAUAAGUUUGCGCGAAAUGGAUUUUGAGGGGAGGGAUAACUUCGUUGGUGUUAUCAAGGUUCUCUUUACGACCCUUAGCGCUUGGGAGAGGCCUCGGGAUCUGAAUAAGGAGGGGCUAACACUUGAGUUUUGCGCAUACUCCCCAAGUGACUCCGAACAUAUGCCUAAAGACCGCGAUUUCGCGCACGACCCAUAUUCAGAGCCAGCUGAGGAGAUUAGCGCCUUACCCAACCCACGCGAACAUCCAGCGCCAACUCAACUUGACAGGGAUAACCUUUUUAGAAACAUAUUUAGACUCACGAAGAGUUAUGUGUCGAUCAUGUGGUUUAAUAACGAUUACGAAUCGGCGGUGCUUCCCGAGGUGAACGUGGUCACCUCGUUCCUCAUUCGACGGCAAUAUUAUCGUAAAUUCGACCCAAAUGAUAUGUAUUAUAUUUUGGUAAAUUUGACCGGGCUGGAGAGUAUUAUUUACGAACCGCAACGAGAAUGGAUCACAUCUCAAUCUGAGUCCGAUAUAUGUUAUUGUAGGCUAUUCGAAUAUAUGCUGCCACCGUCGUUAAAACGACUUACCGUUUUUGAGAAUUACGAGGAGGAAUUAGCAGCUGUGAUCGCUGCCCCCGGGGAAAGUGGACGUGUAAGAAGUCCGGAAGUCAGUCAGGCUUUGAUGAGACGGAGCCAAGCCUUAGAACAUCUAUCUGCGGCUUUCAUUAUUGACGCAAUGGACUUUCUUCGACCAUUCUGGCCACCAGCCUCGCAACCCAUUCCUUGGAGUUGGGCCAAGCUAAAAACGAUAGCACUUACAUCGCAAGUGUUAAAACCUGAUAGUAAUCGGGAUCUUAUCAGUUACUUAUGCGAGGCGGCGGGUCUUGCGGCGAGAAACAUGCCGAAUCUUGAAAUUAUGGAAAUUUGGAAUGGAGAUGGAGAUAAGCACGGAUCUAUUUUUCGUUUUUGCAAUGAGGAGAUGGUUAGCACGAUCACGUGGCAGAGUAAUUGGGAGAUGAAAUUGGCAGAAUGGGUCUUAUCGUCGUGGCGCAUUACGGUAUAUGAGACACGCCACCAUAACAACUUAAGUGUCCGAUACGCCAAUCUGCCAAUGGACGGCACGAGAUUUCCAGCAUCUGUCCUUCCGCACCUGAAGCUGAAAGACCAGGUUUUACAUCCAGUGUCAUUCCGCCAGAUCCAGCUUAUAGGAACAUCGAGAAAUAAGUAGCAUUUCUUGGCGAGGAUCAAUCCCUAUUUCAUACGACGGGAAUAUCAGAUUCAACCUUCGGACUACGAUUUAGGUAGAAGGUAGUUAAUAAUUAAUAUUUAUACUCAUCUGACCCGAAUGACCGACUGGGCCUACGUACUUGUCGGAGUUUAUAAAUUGCCGGAAUCAGUAUCGGAAAUAUUAGUGUCUAUCAAUUGGUAGUGAUAGUGACUUGAAUGUCCAUUAAGAAUCGUAUUUCACUAAAAACCUGAUAUCGACCGAAUCGAUAUCUCCUCCACUCUUCUGAAACAGACACUAAUAGAUAAAGCAGCGAGUAGAUUAUUGUCGUAACUCCUUGCGUUAUUUACAACAUGAAUUCUUCAAGACGAUCUCCAUG